AUGGAAGACGAGCCUGCACUGGUUGGAGUGUCAGUUGCUAAAGCUAGCAAGGGUGAAGAGGAGGAGGAUGAGGAAGAUGGUGAUGCACCCUUGUCUUUGGAAGAAGAAGGCUUGCAAAAGCUGAGAAAAGCCAAGGAGAUGCUCACCAGGACUCACAGCAACUUUGAAGAAGUCUUGAAAAAGGUGGAGAAGAGCCCUUACUUGAGCAAGGCAAGCUUGAAGGACAAGCAGGCCAUGCUUGAGCAGUUGGCAAAGACGCUGAAAAGCACCAAGUCACUCCUUGAAAAAGGACGGAAGGCUAAGCCAGGAGUCUUGAAAAAGCACUUGCUGGAAGUUGUGGCUUGCAUCAAAGGUGCAAAGGAUGAGGCCAAAGAGCUGGUCCAGUUGAGCCACAAGGCCAACAGCAAAGCAGGCAGCAAGGCACCCAGCAAGUCCAGCGAAAAGAAAAACAACAUUGAAAAAGGAACCACCAUCAGGUGGCUGGCAGACUGUGCUACCUUGGGUGGGGCAGAGCACCAUGAGCUGGCUGCAAUUGCCAAGUGUGGCUCCCAUGGGGUUCAGCCAGGGAAGCAGGGCUUCAAAAAGGUUUCCAAUGAGGAAGCCAUGAAGAACCCCAGGGGUGGCCACAGCCUCUUCAGUGGCAUGAUCCCUGGUUUGACCACAAAGAUGGAGUAUCGGAGGCAAGGCACCCCACCCAGGGUCACGAACCUGCGAAUGUGCAUGAUUUGUGAUGCCGAGGUACUGGCUCCUGAUCCAGUUCCACAACCACCUGCGAUGAUCAACAUCGACGAGCCUGAGCCCAACCAAGAGCCGUCAACCAUGGCAACGGCUCCAAACACGCCGAUGGACACGGCAUUGCUUCCAGCAAACCCCUUUGGUGUGACUUCCACCAACAUGAACCUCUACGAGCCUGCCACAGCUCCUGAUUUCCGGCAACGUCGUCAACGUGACCCUGCUUCUGAGCUCUUUGGCCAAGACAUUGGUGGUGAUGACUUGCCAAAAGGUUGGAGUGUCGAUGAAGAAGGCUACUUCCAGCUGGACAACAAGAACUACCACGACUACUGGGAGAUUCGCGCUGGAUGCCUCAUCCGACACCAUCUACAACCUCGACAUCGACCUCAUGACAUCACCACAAGACAGAUCACCACUGACCGCUACGACACCUUGGUUCCUGCUUCCAAAGCAGCCUGGACUGGCAUGACGAUCUACCAGAUCAAUGGAGCCACCAGAAAGGAGCUUGCCAUGUUUUUCUACAGCCUGACGAUGAUGGAACGCGAGCAGUUCAUGCAGGCCAAGAUCAAGGAACUCAAGAGCUUCUUCGAGAAUGGGUGCAACGACCAGGACGCUCUUGAGGCGAAGGUGGAGACAACGGCACCAACAACCAGCCGCUUGUCUCGCUCCAUGUUCCUUUCCUUGUCUGCCAUUUUGAAGUGGUGCGGAUGGACAGCUGACGUGGCCACAGCCUUCCUACAAGGACUUCCUCAAGAACGACAGCUCGGGGUGAAGCUGCCACGUGAAGUGCUGACCAUCCUGGGCGCUGAUGAUUCAACACGCAUGCUGUUGCGCAAACCUUGCUAUGGGCAGAUUGAUGCCCCACGGCGAUGGUUCUUGGAAGCCACACGACGUUUGACCUCAAUUGGACUACGACCUCACAUCCUGGAUCCCUGUGCCUUCUUGAUCUGCGAAACUGACUUCCCUGACAUCGCGGCCACGGACCCCUCCAGAUGCCUUGGCGCCAAGCGCAUUGUUGGCAUGGUUUGUGUUCACGUUGAUGACAUGCUGGGAGGUGGCCUUGAGGACUCACUCGUGUACCAGCACGUGGUCAAGCAGCUUCGCACUAUCUUCAACUUCUGUGAGUGGAAGGACCAGGAUGAGCUUGAGUACUGCGGAGCCUCUCUUCAGGAGACUCCCAAUGGCGGAUGGAAGGUGAACCACUCCGAGUAUCUCAAGAAGGUCAAACCAAUUCCACUUCAUCGUGGCCGAGGUUGCGAGGACUACAUGACUCCUGCAAAGAUCACACAACUACGAGCCAUACAGGGUGCCAACCGCCUCCUGAAGUUCGCCAAGCUCAACUCCGAUGUCUCAUUGUGCUACGAGCAUCUUUGCGAACUUGAAGACCUACGUCUGGUGACUAUGGUCGAUGCCAAAUGCGCAUUUGGCAUCAGGGUGGCCAGACCCAGUCUUGGAGCUGAAGCCCAAUCAGCCAGUCAAGCGUGCGACAACAUGGACUUUGUCGUCGCUACUACCAGCACCUCCUGUGGCCCAAUGAGCCAUUGGCGAACAUCUUGCACAAGCCCAGCCCAUUGGAGCCUACGCUCAUCACGGAGCCUCAGCAGUGGCUUCACUGACAAGAGGACAGGGCUGGAGAUCAAGGUUGUCAGAGAAGGACUUGAAGCACUUGGCGGCAGACUCAAAUGGACUUUUCCAGCGAACGGCAGUACGCCGACUCCCUCACCAAGGAGACGACCAGACAGCUCCUUGCUGACCGCCUGCGGUAUGGCCGCAUCAAGCUGUCAUGGGAUCCCAACUACUUCGCCGCCAAGAAGAAGAAGCUUGCCGACAGAAUCGCAAGCAGAGAGGAGUUUUCCAAACCUUAAUUUCGAGACUGUCCCAGAAGAGACCGAGCUCAACACAGAGGACAACACGACUCCCAUCGAGACCUAUGCGGAGCACCAUGGACAAAUCACCUACCAAGCCAUCAACUACGACGAGAUCAUGAAGGAUCACGACAUGGCCGUUACAGCCCCAGCACACCUGCGUCAUGACCAUGACGUGAACAUCAACAACUUUGUGCCGUACCACGACACGCCGGUUGAGAACAUCCCCUACGGCCAGGAGACACAGAAUUUGCACGGCUGGGUGAUUUGGUGCUUGCAGUUUCUCUGGCACUUGCUGCUCCUUCUACUUCCUCUUCAAGGUCUUCAACGACUUCCUGGCGUACUGGCGACCGCAGUGGAAGGCGCGAUCUCCGACACCUGCCCCAUUGUGGACAUCAUCCCGGAGGAUGAGCAGCCGUCCUACUUUUGGGACAUCUUGAUUGCCGUGGCCUUCAUCGUCUUCGCUGCAGCAUGCUACGGUGGUGGCUGGAUGCAUGGUUGGUGGAUUGGACGUGUUGACCUUGCAGUGGUGGAGCUGGAACAACAGCUGCGACGGCAAACACUGCCAGCAGGCCCCAUCACAGCUGACAGGGAGAUCAAAAAGCUCCAAUCUCAGACGCGAUUGGGCGACUACAUGGCCUGGUGGACGAAUCUCGAGAUUUGGCAGCUUGAGCCCGCCAUGAACGAUAACGAUGCCCACAACGACUGCGUGGUGAGCAGGCAGAUCUACAUAGCGAACAGGGGCAGUGUGCGACACGUGCACGACCAGUGCCCUCAGCUGGCCAGGAGCCAGGUGUUUGAGCGCUUUGCCUGCCAAGCUUGCGCUUCAUACGUCAGCCCCUACCGUUACGAUGCCAACACCACGACGCAGGACUUGAAUGCCUAG